AUGCCCAACAAGGGUGGCCUCACCGACCGCGAAGCAGCCAUCGAUGCGCUCCAUCGCUUCGUAUGGGCCCUUGAUGAAGGAAGUCACGAGCUUUCUGCGAGCUCCCUGACCUCGGACGCUGUCAUGGCCCUGCACUUCACGCACAAUGGUGCCAAGCCACGAGAGGUCGAGGGACGAGACACUAUUGCGGAACUGCUUAUGAGUGCUGUCGGACGACCGCUGGACACCACACACAUGGCAACGAAUGUGCGUUGCGAGGUGGAUGGCGAUAAAGCGAAUUUGCAAGCGCAGAUCUUGGCCCAGCAUUUUAGUGGGGGUCAGGGACUGGCACCAAAUCCGAAACCAUACUACCUCUUCGGAAACAUUUAUCAAUGCGAGAUUGAAAGAGCUGAAGAUGGGCUGUGGAAGAUCAGUCGUGUAACGAUAAGGGCUGCGUGGACGCAAGGCGAUCCAAGUGUGAUGAAGGUUUGA